AAGUGAGCGUGUCCGUGGCCUGCUUCAGCAUGUGGCGAAUGAUCGGACGGGAUUGAGCAGCCCUAUGGUUAAGGCGGCCCUGUGAUUUCCUCCGGUGCAUGCCGACGCCGCGCCUCGCGAGCGAGCGGGCGAGCACGCGUUGCAUGCAGGCAAGCGGAGAGGAGAGCACGCGUGCGUGCGAGGCCAGGUUGUACGGUGGCGCUGAUGCUGCCCGCCCGCCCGCCGUGGCAAACGGCACAUGACAGCGAGUGAGGCGGAGGAGGAGCCACAGCCACAAGAACGAGCGGCUCAAACCGCAGGGUUUAUAUUUUUGUUUUUUUUUCUCCGGGAGGGCGCCGGGAAAAUGGAAAAAUCCCGUCCGACGUGGCGCGCCCCUCCAUGCUCUUUUUCUCCCGUCCCCUCACUCGCCAGCGCGCUGGGCCCUACGUACAUACGUACCCCUCUCUUUUAUGCGACUCCUCUCUCCCUCCCCUCCUGACUCGUCUCGUCUCUUCGCCUCUCUUCUCUCCCUCCUGCCCGUGCCUCCCUCCUCGCGCUUCAUCGACAACGAGCACCUCGUCUUGGUCUUGGCCUUGGCUUUUGGUGUGGCGACGUUGGGUACUGUGAUUAUCUUGUUCUCGCUGGCAGGAGAUGGCCUGUACGCAGGAGAACGCCAUGGCAACCGACGAAAGCACCGGGGAUCAUCGCGGGAGUCGUCCGAGUUCCCACGACAUGGAUUUAUCAGGGGAUGACCACGUGCCAAAGGCGCGCAAGCCGUACACCAUCACGAAGCAGCGGGAGAAGUGGACCGAGGAAGAGCACAAACGCUUCCUGGAGGCCCUGCAGCUGCACGGCCGCGCCUGGCGCCGCAUACAAGAGCACAUAGGCACCAAGACGGCGGUGCAAAUCCGGAGCCACGCGCAGAAGUUCUUCUCUAAGGUCACCAGAGAGUCGUCCGGGAGCAGCAGCGGCUCGGGCGCCGCGGCCGCGACGGCGACGGCGGCGAUCCAGAUCCCCCCGCCGCGGCCCAAGAGGAAGCCGACGCACCCGUACCCGCGCAAAGCGGACGACGGGGCGGCGGCCGGCGGGAAGCACGGCCCGGGGCUCACGCAUCUGGAGAGGCCUCCCGUGCGGAUGGGCGAGCAGGAGGAAGGGUCGCCGACGUCGGUGCUCACCGCGUCGCGGGUCGAGGCCUCGGGUGGCCGCUUCUCCAAUAACUCCAGCGGCAGCAGGUCGCCGGUUCCGUCGGCCGCCGGCUCCCUCUACGGCUCGUCGGUGGACAGAGGGGACGGCUGCCUCUCGCCAAAUACUAAGGCUUCAGAGUUCACUGCAAAUGGUGAUGUCAAAGAGGGGUCAUGUACAGGAUCAGCGACAUCGGUCCUUAAGCUAUUCGGCAAGAAAGUCGUGGUGAAUGAUUCAUUCCAGAAGCCGAAUACCAGCACGGGCAACCCGCAGAAUGGUGGGGACGUCGGAACUGAAGCUUCAGACGAUACAACCACACAAGGAAGCAGAAACCUACCUUCUGGCGGUGCCACAGAAGGAAGCUCAUGGAGUCCAUGGCCGAGCAGCAUGCAGCAGUUUGUGUAUUUUGUUCCUCAACCGGAUGGUUUCGCCACACAAUCUGCGGUGCCAUGGUUCGGCACCCUGCCUGGUGCAAUGUUCUACCAGCAAGCCGUGGCUCCAAAUCAGCACCAGCACCAGCGCCAUCGCUCAGAGACCGCAGACCACAAGUUCAUGCAGAGGGAAGGAUCCUGGACAGGAUCAAACACUGGCCCCGGAUCAGCUGCGCAUAAUUCAGAUGCUGCCGACUCCCGAGGGAGAGGAAACAGCAGCGAGAGCGACAAAACGCUUGUGCCGCGGUUAACAAAGUGCGAGAGCUCUGUUUCGGUCAGCCUGCAAAGAGGUUUCAUGUCAUACAAGAGAUGCGCGGCCGAGAGCGAAUCGCUGCGGUCGGAGGCACCCAGAGAGGAGACCGACGGGCUAGCGCGGCGGCAGCAGCGGCUCAGGUGCGGUACGCGACGGAGAGGAGGCGUAGCUGCGCUGCCGAAGCGGGGAGGAGGACAACUGAGGCGGGUCACUGGGAGGCGCCUGGACACCUUCAGUGAGAACCCUUGCCAUGCCAAAGUCGCCAUUUCUACCUGUGCUAGCAGACGGGGAGCUUCAAAACCAGCCGUUCCGCAGUAACAAGGCGUGAAGGAGCAUGAUAAGAAGGCGGGGACCAUAUGGACUGAUGGAGACAGGUGGGUAAAUCAGAAGAAGUUACUAAAUGGUGUUGAUCAUUGCUGAGGUGGGAUGAUAUGGUGAAGAACUUGAAGUCGAAAGCAACUUCUUGACUGUCGGUAAUUUACCUUGGUAUAUAUGAGUUUCACGUGGGCUUAUUUCCGUAUCGGUUUGAUACUUGACUUUCAAUUAUUAAUAAAAAAUAUUGCGAGAAAUUUCUGUUUGUAGAAAAAGUUCAAAAGUAAAUAAACUUGUUCUCUAGCGCAUUGUGUAAAAAUGUUUUGCACCGUUGAGUUUUACAUGAUUGACCAAAUUUCCCAUACGUCCAGCCAUCAGAAAUCUGUAGCACCGCACCUCAGUGUUACUACUCACUACUACAAAUCUAUAUUAUUUUCAUUUUGAGGGAAU